GCCGGGCGCGGGGUGGAGUCCGCCUGGAUCCCGUGGUGCUCCGCGGCGGGCCUCGCUCUCUUCCGGUCGCGGGCAGCCGGGGCGUAGAGGGCGGUCGCGGCGGGAGAGGUGGGCAGCGGCGGUGCGGCGGCAGAAUGUUGGCUACCAGAGUAUUUAGCCUAAUUGGCAAGCGAGCAAUUUCCACCUCGGUGUGUGUACGAGCACACGGAAGCGUUGUGAAGAGUGAGGACUUUGCUCUCCCGAGUUACGUCGACCGGCGGGACUACCCCUUGCCCGAUGUGGCCCACGUUAAGAGCCUUUCCGCCAGCCAGAAGGCCUUGAAAGAAAAGGAGAAGGCCCCCUGGAGCAGCCUCUCCAUUGAGGAGAAAGUUGAACUAUAUCGCAUUAAGUUCAACGAGAGCUUUGCUGAAAUGAAUAGGGGCACGAACGAGUGGAAGACAGUUGUGGGCGCUGCCAUGUUCUUCAUCGGCUUCACUGCUCUCCUUCUGAUCUGGGAGAAGCACUAUGUGUACGGCCCGGUCCCACACACCUUUGAAGAGGAGUGGGUGGCCAAGCAGACCAAGAGGAUGCUCGACAUGAAGGUCAGCCCGAUCCAGGGCUUCUCUGCCAAGUGGGACUACGACAAGAACGAGUGGAAGAAAUAAGCACCCGCCGUUCCAUAUCUGAGCCUCACCUCGCUCUGUCACCUCCAUGCAGCUCAGCAUAUAUUUACUGGAAACCGUCACGUCGUGUACCAGUGCUAAUAAAUGAGCAGUUUACGUGAAA